AAGGCGGGGCCAGGCUGGGUCUCACCCGGAGCUGCCUGCGUAAAGCCCAAGAUGGCUGCGUGCACGUAGUAUCCUUGUGAGCCAGGCGGGGACGGUUCUUGUUCUCUCGUUGAAGGCCACGUCUGGCCCUCCCGCCUGUGCUUGUGAGGUGGGCUGUUGUAGGGGAGAGAUGAGAGCAAUGGCAGGGAGCCUCUCUUGGGUGGCAGGCAGCCUCUCUUGGGUGGCAGGCAGGAGCCUAUGGGGCCAGGUGCCGCUGGCCUGCAGAAGCUUCUCUCUGGGUGUUCCCAGAUUGUUCCAUGUGAGGGUCACCCUCCCGCCCCGCAAAGUGGUUGAUCGUUGGAACGAGAAGAGGGCCAUGUUCGGGGUAUAUGACAACAUCGGGAUCCUGGGAAACUUUGAAAAGCACCCCAAAGAACUGAUCAAGGGCCCCAUAUGGCUUCGAGGCUGGAAGGGGAAUGAAUUGCAGCGUUGUAUCCGAAAGAAGAGAAUGGUUGGAAAUCGGAUGUUCAUUGAUGACCUGCACAACCUGAACAAACGCAUCAGCUAUCUCUACAAAUGCUUUAACCGACGUGGAAAGUACCGGUAGAAGAGAAUGCUUGGAACUGUGGAAGAGGUGUAUCUAUCACCCAAGAGAAAGGGAAAGUACUUUUCCUUAUGAGGAAAGGGAUUUGUAUGCUCUCAGGAAUAAAAUGGGACUUCUUUGAAAUCUGUUAUCCACAUCUUUAUUUUCCUCUAGAUGCUACUUUUACUCAUUCAUGUGACUAGGAAGUGGAACUCAUCCCUAAGUCUUACAGUCUUAGGUUUGGACUUCACCACUUGCCCUUUGCAGUCUAGCCAUACCUAUGGUGUUUAAAAACUAAAAAAUUAUUGUUGGCAUCUGUUGAUGUUUGGCCCUUCAUGUAUUGAAAGUGGUAAUUUUAAACUGCCCCACAGUGCCAUCACGUUAAAUGUAUUUUUUAAAACCCUUCCGCACUGAAAUGAAGUAUAAUAGAAAAAUGAAAUUAUACUUCUGCACUAAUCUUGUCAAAAAAUAUUUAUUGAGUACCUUUUCUGAGCUGAGAACUGUAGAAAAGCCAAAAUGUAAUAUAUCCUCCCCCCAUGCUUUUCUAGUUAUGUGUAUAAAGUUAUAGUCUCACAUGUACACUUUAAUAUGAGGCAUUAAGCACCAUAUGAGUGGUUUGCUUGAGUGGUUCCUAAGCCUGAUUGAUCAUCAGAAUCUCUGGGUAGUUUAAUAAUUUCGAAAGUCUAGUCCCUGCCCCCAAAGAUUUGUGAUCUGUAGAGCUGAGCUGAGUCUUGUGGGUCUAUGUGGGUGGGUUUUUUUUUUUUUUAAUAAUUUUUAAAAAAUGUAUCCAUCCAUAUAGGACAUAUGGACAUCCAUAUAGGAUAUAUAGACAUUUCAAAUUAAGAGUAAUCAGGGACUUCCCUGGUGGCACAGUGGUUAAGAAUCCACCUGCCAAUACAGGGGACACAGGUUCGAGUCCUGGUCUGGGAGGAUCCCACAUGCUGUGGAGCAGCUAAGCCUGUGCACCACAACUACUGAGCCUGCGCUUUAGAGCCCGCGGACCACAACUACUGAAGCCCGCGUGCCUAGAGCCCCUGCUCCGCAACAAGAGAAGCCACCACAACGGGAAGCCUGCACGCUGCAACAAAGAGUAGCCCCCACUUGCCAUAACUAGAGAAAGCCUGCGCGGCAACAAAGACUGAACGCAGCCAAAAAAAAAAGAGUAAUGAGAGGAAAAGUUUUCUCACAGCUUGCUUUUUGUGCUCCUUGAGGCAACCACUCUUAUGAGAUUCUUUUUAAUCUUUCUGGAUAUAUACUGUGCAUGUACAAGCUUAUAUUAUCUAUCUGUCUUCUUUAUAAAAAAAAGUAGGAUUCCAUGCACACUAAGUUACAUUUUCACUUAAUGUAACUUAGGUAUGGUUUUAUAUCCUCACGUUAUAUACCAUAAUGAUUUAACCAGUUCCAUUUUGAUAGACAUUUAGAUUGUUUCCAGGCUUUUGCUUUUGCUUUUUCAAAGUAUGACUCCUCUAAUUUUAAAAGCCAGGUGAUUUUAAUUAGCUGUGUUUGGAAGCCACUGAUGUGGGUGAUAAAUAACCUAGAUAAGAGAAUGUGUUUGGCCUAAUCAGAAGAGGCUUCAUAGAAGAGGUUGGAUUUCAGUAAGCAGAGAAAGAAGUAGAACAUUUCAAGUGGGGAAGAGAAGAGUGAUCCGUGGUGCAUGGUGAGGGAAUAUAGAAUGUGUUGGGAGAUGGCUGGGUAGGUCUAGCUAUAAUGACACUGUCUGCUUUUUCAUCUUUUAAUAAUUUGCUUGGCCAUAAAUCAAGUUAAAUAAGUUUGACAUUACUCAACUGAGAGGAGAAAAAUGUUGCUACAAUUUUAGAAUUGUGUAUUGAUUAGAGUUAAAUUCAGUGUCUCCAGAGCCUAGUCUAUGUAAGGCUCUCAAUAAAUAUUUGCAGAGUGAAGUAGGGAAAGUAUUUGAGGGGCUUCCCUGGUGGUCUAGUGGUUAAGACUCUGUGGUCCCAAUGCAAGGGGCACAGAUUCGAUCCCUGGUAGGGGAACUGAGAUCCCGCAUGCCACAAGGCAUGGCAAAAAAAAAAAAAAAAAAAGAAAUGGGCAAAAGGAAAGUAUUUGACAUAUUACUUUUAAAGAAAUCUUUUAUGUGGGUUAAAAUUGCUAUUUGUGUUUCUUGGGAGGGUUUUUUAGGUUGAUUAUGAGUCUCUAGUAUAGUGUAGACUGUCGAUUAAAAACAUGUCCUUUGGAGUCAGACAGGUCUGGGUUUAAACUCAAGCUAUACCACUCUAUUUGACCCUAGGCAAAGUAGGUAAUUUCUGAGCCUUAGUUUUUUUUAGCCUGUCAAUUAAGAACAAUACAAUACUUUCCUCAUAGGGUUAUGUGAAGAAUAAAUGAAAUUAUGCAUGUAAAACAGUACAAAGUUUGGCAAUGUAAAUGCUAAUGACACUCUUCUGGAGUGUGUGUAGUUGCCAAGAAUUAGAAAAACCUGAAGAAAUGAAUGGAAAUAGGUUUUUUAAAUUAACUUUUCAAUAAAAGUAUUGCAAACUAAAGAAAGUGAAUUAGUUAUAGAUAUAAACUGAGAUUUGAAGGUAAACGAAUUAGGGUGAUUAGGUCUCUUAUUUGAUCCAAAUCCUUUAAAAGUAUCAGUUUCGAUUAUCUAUUGUUACAUAAUACUCCAUCCCCAAACUUAGUGACUGAAAACAACAAAUUAUGAACUCAUAUUCUCUGGGUUAUCUGGGCUCAGCAGGGUGGUUAUGCUCCAUUUGGUGUUGGCGAGGGUCAACCAUGUGGUUGCAUUCAGCUGGGAGCUUGGUUGAAGCAAGAAUGUACAAGAUGUCUUCACUCACACGUCUGGUGCCUCAGUUGGAGUGGCAGAGAUUUUUUUCCACGUGAUUUCAUUAUUCAGUAGUCUAGCUAACCUAAACUUCUUUACAUGGAGGCUUGACUCCAGAGGGCAAAAAUGGAAGUUGCAAGGUUUGAUAGACACAGGCCAAGGAGUGACAUGUUGUCACUUGUGCUGCAUUCUACCAGUCAAAGUAAGUCACAGGCCAGUGCAGAUUCAAGGCUAUGUGGAAAUGCACUCCAUUUUUGGAUCAGAGAAUGUGCAUGCAAUUACAGGGAUGUGAGGAAGUGUCCACAGACAUAUUUGCAGGCAAUCUACCUCAGUAACAUUUUGUGUCUUUGUUGGGACUUUAUCUUUUGGAAGGCUCAAUAGAAGUGAAGCUAAUUAAGUACAUGUUAGAUUAACUGAAAAGUAGAUUUUGGAGAAGUGGAUUGAUGGGUAUACAUGACCAUACAUUAUGAUCCUGGGUCUCAUGUAAAUGUAUAUAUGAGAGUGUCAGGACUCAAAGGGAGUGAAUUUUUAAAGGGAUGGCUGGAGAGGAGCUGGAUAUGAGAAUGGAGAGGUUGGUGUGAAGUAUGAGUGGCUCUGGGAUACUUUACAUGAUUUGGUGGGACUGGAGAAGAGAAAAUCAAAUAUUUGAGAUUCUGCUAAGUACAAGGUGCCCCAAAGAAUACGACUACAUGUUUUAGUAGGAUGUGUGGUUCUUGGUAAAGAGGAAAAUGAUCAUUUAAUUCAACGAGCAUUGAAUCUUCCUGCUGUGAAGAUUUAUAAGAUCAUGUUUUCAAGGACAGAACAAUCUUGGUUUUGGUGUGAAACAGUGUGUAAUAUUUUUAUUCAAUAAACACUGAACCAUUA